GGCAUCAUUCGCGGUCCGGCUGUUGAGCGGCGCGGACGACGCCUACGCGCUUCCCGGUCAUCGGACUUAACUUCUAAACAUUCGUCUUCCUUCCUUCUUGGACCACCAUGAGGUCCGGAGGAACCCCGCUAGCGGUCCUCCUGCUUGUCCUCGUGGCAUCAGUCUGGAAGGUAUCUGCGAAUGACCUUUAUUGGGAAGGCGAAGAAGACGCGUCUAACGAGUUCUUGGAGGUCAAACAUGAAGACUCUUCACUCCUCGGCGGCUUGAUUCGAACAAAACGGCAAUGGCCUUGGCUGUGGUCGUCAGACAAGAAAGAAGAGGAACCAGUGACUGAUUCCAAUGACAAUGGAAGUUAUGGAAAAGAUGAUGCUGACGUCGAGGUCGGAUCUGGAGUACCGGACAAGACCGACUUAGAGCCUAAAGAAAAGACUCUUCGAGUGACUUUCUUGGUCAUGGAGCCGUACAUCACGGCGUACUCCAACAGGGACUCGCCUGAGUUCUUGAACAUCUCGCGGUCGUUGGCAAACGCUGUCGAUCUGCUCUUCGAGAGUCUGCCCGGAACACAGCGCUCAAGUCUGGUCAGGAUUCAGUCCCUGGUCAACGAUGACUUCCUCUGCAAGGUCACUUUGGACAUCGUGUCAACCAGGAAUGAAGAUACGGACACCAUCAAAGAGAUUCUUAGGAACCACAUCAAGAACAAUGGACGCUUGGGCGAAACAUCUGUCAGGGACGGAGAUUUCAGCGCUCAGUUAAUCGAUCCAGGUACAACGUUCGAAUGUGAUGAAAAUGAAUUCUCGUGCGACGAUAAUGUCUGUUGGCCACGCUCAGUUAAAUGCGACAAGCGUGCUGAUUGCAGAGAUGGUACAGACGAACUCGACUGUCCUGAGACUACGGAACCAACAACGACCAGGGAGCCUGAAGAUGAAUAUGAUGAUACAUCAUACAAUCAAAAUAUUGAUGAUCAAUACUCGUCUCCAUCAGACUAUCAGACGCCUUACAGCACGCCUGACGACACUAGCAAAACAUAUGAAACAGAUUCCUCUUUCAUUCCUCUCACGGACACAGUUACUAGCACAACUACUGUAAAUCCAGUUGAUUAUGAUGACCAAGUGAAUAGAGGAGAUUUAGGAAAUGCUGAUUCAUCACCUGGCACUACCACCGAAGAAUCGGCUGCUGUGAUUCCAACGAGCGGUACUGUAUUCCACAGUGACAAUGCCUGCCCAUUCACAUACAUUCGGUGUGACGUGAUGCGCUGCAUUGAACCAAACCGACGGUGCGACGGUGUCAGCGACUGCGCUGACGGAACCGAUGAAGCCAACUGCCCAGACCGAACAUGUGGCGACGACGACUUCCAUUGCCGUAGCGGAGCUUGCAUCGAGUCCAGCAGGCGAUGCGACAACAUCUAUGACUGCCCGGACCACGACGACGAACUUGGCUGUGACUGUCGACCCGAUGAAUUCCGUUGCACUAGUGACGGUUACUGCAUUGAAGAACGUAAGAAGUGCGAUGGAGUGCCACACUGCUCUGAUGGUUCGGACGAGCUCGACUGCCCCACUGGCUACUUUAAAUGCAGAAAUGGGAAGAUAAUACCGGAAUCCCUUAGAUGCAAUCGUCACUAUGAUUGUACGCCAGAAGAUUUAUCCGACGAACAAAACUGUCCUUGUGGUGCGAAUGACUUCAAAUGUGGCAAUGGCUACUGCAUCCCCGCAUCAAAACAUUGCGACCGCACGAACGAUUGUCAGGAUGGUUCCGAUGAACGUCAUUGCUCUUAUGGCACAGUUUGCAUGGCUUAUGAAUAUGAAUGCACGAAUGGAAUGUGCGUGCAAGCCGAUGCCAGAUGCAACGGAACGGUGGAGUGCGAUGACGGCUCCGACGAGACCAGCUGCCCCUGCAAAAGGGACCAAUACCCAUGUCGGGAUGGUUCUUGUAUAAAUAUAGCAUAUCUUUGUAAUGGUCGGCAUGAUUGCAGUCAAGGCGAAGACGAGUACAACUGCCGAUCGUCAUGCCCACCGGAUAGCUUUACUUGCAACCCAGGCUCUAGAAUCCUAUGCGCCACUAAAUGCAACGGCAACCCUGAAUGUGACGGAGGUGAAGACGAAGUAGACUGCGAAGCCUGUGAACACGAAUGCGAUGGGCGAUGUUUACCGUCUACUGACAUUUGCAACGGCGUUCGAGACUGUUCCGAUGGCUCAGAUGAAGUCAGCUGUUAUCACUGUGAUCGUCCCGAUGACUUCAGAUGCGACACCGAUGAAUGUAUUCCAUUCUCGUUACGUUGUAAUGGAAUUCCUGAGUGUGCGGAUGGCAGCGACGAGAGGAACUGCAACAAGACCAUGAUCACGAGCCCUGAACAACAAUGUACCUCCGAACAAUUCCGAUGUGUGUCCGACAACACUUGCAUCGACAUUAACUUCUUGUGCGAUUACCACGAGGAUUGUGAAGAUGGUUCCGAUGAAGCUAACUGCCCGUGUCCCGAGGACAGCUACCAGUGUCACAAUGGACAGUGCAUGCCAACGUCGGUGUUCUGCGACGGUCACGUUGACUGUUCAGAUGGCUCCGAUGAGGUCAACUGCCCCGAGUCCACCACUGUGCCUAUUACAUACUAUCAACCGACCCAACGAUACCCGACGACCCAAAGAUACCCCACGACCCAAAGAUACCCCACGACAAACAGAUACCCUAGCAACGGUCAAGGUGUGUGCAGCGCUCAACAGUGGCGUUGUGAGAACGGUCCGUGCAUAGACGCGUACCGCCGUUGCGACGGACAUAUUGACUGUCCGUUCGACUACAGUGACGAAUUUGAUUGUCCCCGCAACAGUCCCCCAGCAUUGAAGUUGAUGACGUACCCAGCUAACCAAUCAGUCAGAAACGUGAACGCCGGAGGUGAUGUGGUCUUCCAAUGCCGUGACGAAGGACCUCUGCGUGCGAACGUCAGGUGGACCAAACAAGGAGGUAGCAUCAAGGCCGGCUCAACUGACGUCAGAGGACGUUUGGAAAUGUUCAAAGUUACAGAACGCGACAGUGGAGUGUACACUUGCCAAGCCGACGACUACUUAAGGUUCCCAGGCUCACAAGUCCGUGUCGAACUGCAAGUCGACAGCUCACCGGUGACCUACGCACCAUUCUCGUCUUGCCAACCUCAUGAAGCGACUUGUGGAAAUGGCCAGUGCAUCCCGAAGUCUGCCGUCUGCGACAACAACUACGACUGUGCUGACCGAUCUGACGAGGAGAACUGCCACCACAACGGUAUGUGCGAGCCCAACCAGUUCAAAUGUAACAACCACAAGUGUGUGCUGAAGACUUGGAUCUGUGACUCCGAGAACGACUGCGGUGAUGGCUCCGACGAACAGAACUGCGGCAGGCCCAGUGACGGCAGAUGCUCACCAGCUGAAUUCAGCUGCAGCGCUGGAGACCAGUGCAUUCCCAGGAGUUUCCACUGCGAUGGACAGACUGAUUGCCAGGACGGUUCCGAUGAAUACGGUUGCAUGCCCGUACACGUGACAAGUCCCCCGAAACCUUCGAAUGUGAAGCUGAACCCUGGUGAUACGCUGAUACUCAGAUGCGAGGCUGUCGGAGUACCCGUGCCGUUGAUUUCAUGGCGGUUGAACUGGGGACACGUCCCACCGAAAUGUUCCUUCACCAGCGAUUCAGGCAUUGGAGUCAUUACAUGCCCCAACAUGAUGCCCGAAGACAGCGGAGCUUACUCCUGCGAGGCCAUCAACAACAAAGGCACUACGUUCGCCGCGCCAGAUGCUAUUGUCUUUGUCAACAAGACUGAUCCUUGCCCGCGAGGAUUUUUCAACAACGAGGCCCGUUCAGAAAGCGAGUGCAUCCGAUGCUUCUGUUUCGGAAAGUCCAGCCAGUGCCGCAGCGCCGAUCUAUACACCUACAACAUGCCUACCCCUCUCGGAGAAGGAGGCACCAGACUUAUUGGUAUCAGGAACUCCCCGUCAGGAGAUGUUAUCAUCGAUACGCAACCUAUAUCUAACCAGUACUAUUAUCAGCCUUUAAGAAACGGAGCAGCGGUAACGAAAAUCGACACCUCUGGAUGGUCCAGUGCGCAUCCGUACCUGACUUUGCCCGAAUCUUACAAUGGCAACCAACUGAAGUCUUAUGGUGGACACAUCAAGUACACCGUGUCACCACACACGCAAGUUUACGGUUUCGAUGACAGCAUACCGACUAUCAUUAUCAAGGGAAAAUAUGGCAAUUUGUUCCACAUUAGUCGCGCUGGUGGGUCCCGGGACCUGAACAUUGAGGCUCGUCUGACACCAGAAGACUGGAUGAAGAACAGCUCUAGUGGCUACACACCUGCGAGCCGCGAAGAUAUCAUGAUGACGCUCGAUGAGAUCGAAAUGAUCCUCUUGCGCUCUGACCUCAAUAACGCCGGAGUGAAUAUUUCUGACUUCGCUAUGGAAUCUGCUGAACACAUUAACGUUGGUCUCGGCGCCGCUAGCUUGGUGGAAGAGUGUACUUGCCCCAAGGAGUACGUCGGACUGUCUUGUCAGAAAUGCGCAGCAGGCUACAAUCGCAAGAGAGUCGGGCCUUGGCUCGGUGACUGCAUGCCCGAGGAAUGCCCACCAGGAACCUACGGUGACCCAGCCAGCGGCAUCCCCUGCAAACAAUGCCCAUGCCCAUUGACUAACCGAGAAAACCAAUUCGCCAGAACUUGCUCACUAGGCUCCGAUGGCGGCGUCUACUGUGACUGCUUCCCUGGUUACGAAGGCAAGCACUGUGAAGUGUGCGCCCCUGGCUAUGAAGGCAACCCAAUGAUACCUGGCGACUCCUGUAAACCUGCUGUCAGGGACAAAUGCAACUCCCUCGGCACCAAGGUCGUCCGCCCACCAGAUGAGUGCGUCUGCAAGGAUAAUGUGCAGGGACGUUACUGCGACCAAUGCAAGAACGACUCGUUCUUCUUGUCCUCAGACUUCAGACACGGAUGUGCACUUUGUUUCUGUUCGGGUGUCUCGCAACAGUGCAUGAGCAGCAACCUGCGCCGCAAGACCUUGAGAGUGCAGUUCAACGUACCACAGAUCGUAGACCAGGUCAAGAUCUACAACACCUCCCCGACUGGACCCGGCCCUGUCAGAUAUGCGGCAGCAGUCGAAACUGAAAUCAAACCUCAACUGUACAGUGAUGAAAUUACGGUCGACCAAGUGGAACGCUCACCAUCCACGAUCUAUUACUGGAGUCUGCCUACCAGCUUCGCUGGUGAUAAGAUGACAUCGUACGGUGGUAAUCUUAACUACGUGAUGAAGAAUGUGCUCAACUCACCCGAGGCGAGAUACAGGAACACCGCAGCCGAUGUACAACUGAUUAGCAAAAACCGACUGACCUUCCAUUACUUUGGUGAUUUCGUCGCAUCCCAUGAAGGUAUUUUGAACGCCAGCGUACAGUUCCUUGAAAAGGGAUGGCAAAGACCUGACGGCAAGGAGGUAUCUCGUGAGCACUUCCUUCUCGCUUUAGCUGAUGUAAAGACAAUCUUGAUCAAGGCUACAUAUUCUCCUGGCUCGGAGCUGGCCUCACCAAUCAGUGCCAGCAUUGAAACAGCCGAACCUGACGGCUACGGCCCCAUCGCGUUCCACGUGGAACAGUGUAUUUGUCCACCUGGUUACAUCGGAACUUCGUGCGAAGAUUGCGCCCCCGGCUUCAAGAGGAGCUCUAGCGGUUUAUACUUGGAACACUGCGAGCCAUGCGAGUGCAAUGGCAAGUCGAACAUGUGCAACCCAGAAACAGGAAUUUGUUACGACUGUGCUGACAAUACUGAUGGUGACGAGUGCGAGUUGUGCAAGCCGGGAUACGAACGUGAUCCCUACGGAAACUGCGUCGAACUGCGCUCUAGCACUGUACAGCCAUGCCGAUGUGAUCCCCGUGGUACUACUGCACCCUGUGACAGCAGCGGCAACUGCUUCUGCAAACAAAACGUCGAGGGUGACUCCUGUGACCGCUGCAGACCUGGUUCCUUCGGCCUUGAUGCUAACAACCCCAACGGAUGCCUUUCCUGCUACUGCUCUGGCGUCUCUUCUGAUUGUCACGAAGGCAACCACUUCACAAGGGUGCCGAUAGCCGCGCCGGUGCUUGGUGACAACUACGGCGGUUUUACCAUCACAGAUUUGAAUGCAGAGAGAGUGACCCAAGAUAACUUCCAACCCAUGUUCCAACAAAGCGAACUGGUCUACACUUUCCCCUUCAGACCUGAUAUUGAGCUAUACUGGUCCCUGCCUAUCUUCCCUGGUAACCGAGUUCUCUCAUACGGUGGUACCAUCUCGUUGAGACAGAAAUUCAACUCCCAAGUAUAUUCGGUGUCUGAGCGUGGAACCGACGUCGUGCUCGACGGUGGCGACAUCUCCAUCUACUGGACCAACCCUAACCAAUUCCCAGCUGGAGUUUCUUACAGCUACCAAAUACCUCUAAGAGAAGAAGGAUGGUACAUCUUGAACACAGUAACUCCUGCCACUAGAACCAACUUCAUGAGUGUGCUUAGGAACCUGAAGAGAGUGCUGGUGCGAGCUACAGUUGUCCCCAUUAUUGACGAUACAACUAUCGCUGAUGUUUCUAUGGACACCGCUACCGAAAGCUACGACCCCAUUCUUCCAACUGCCAAAGGAAUUGAGAUCUGCAUGUGCCCACCCGGCCACGACGGAACAAGUUGUGAGACCUGCAAGCCAGGCUACUACAAGGACCAACGUGGCAACUGCCAGCAGUGCCCAUGUAACGGAAAUAACUGUCAACUUAACAGCCAAGGACAAGUUGUGUGCAACUGUCAGCCACCGUACACUGGCUACGAUUGCUCAAUUAUCGGAUUGAUAAUGGAACUACAUCCGACUAUCAACGAAGCUGGUGACGACCCUUACUCAAGAAAGGUGACUUUUACAUGCAAUUACCGCGCGCCAGAACCGCUCACUAUAAAGUUCUACCAUGAGGGCGUAGAACAAGAUACUCCAAAAUAUUAUGACGAAGCGAGACUCUACAAGGACGGGUGGCACUCGACCCACGUCUGGCACACAGUCUGGGACACCAGACGACAAGGGGACGCAUACGAGUGCCACACUAUCACCGAAAAGGGAUUCACCCUCGGUGUACUGACCACCACUUUGCCGGAGCCAGGUGGUGGACAAACGAUAGAACCUCCUCGUCCUCAACCGGAACCUACAGUCGAAGUGAUGAUUACCAGCCCGACUAUCAAAAUCCAGGAAGUCGGAAGCAGCGUGAACUUCACUUGCAGAGCCCAAAGCCGUAACUCAAGAAUGCUAUUGCCUGUCAGAUGGAUCAAGAGCGGAGGAGAGCUGCCUCUUGGACGCUACCAAAUUGAUGAGAAUCUAGGUCUUCUGCUGAUCACCAAUCUGCAGGUCUCUGACAGCGGUAAAUACAUCUGCGAGACCAAUGACGGAGUCAACACUGCUCAGGCUAUCGCUACCCUCAAAGUACCCGGAAAUGAAAUGACCAUGCCAAGCGUCGAAAUAUACCCACCAGUGAACGACUAUUAUGAAGGGGACUUUGUUCAAUUGGAAUGCCGCGUCAGAGGCAACCCCACUCCUACAAUCAGGUGGCAGCGAGGUUCUAACCAACUUCUUCCAUUCUCUGGGCAAUAUUAUGACAACCGGUUCGAAAUCGAAAGUGCUCGAGUUGAAGAUUCUGGAGAAUACAGAUGCAUUGCCACCAACACCGUUGGCUCCGCUGACCGCACAGCAGUAAUCACGAUUCGUCCACGUCCAUCACGGCCGCAGAAUGAAAAACUGACUGUCUCCAUCCCAUCUCCCACUGUCGAAGAAGGCCAGAGCAUAAUGAUUGCUUGCACAGGAACCACUAACAUUCCCGCUGGAUCCAUAGACUGGAUUAGGAAAGACAAAACUUUGUUCCUAUCCAACGUGAGGUCAGAAAAUGGCGUUCUAUACAUUGAGUACGCUCAGCCCGACAACCAAGGAGUUUAUAUUUGCCAGUCCACUCUGUCCAACGUAUCACCGGUGCAAGUACUUGUGACUAUUGUACCCGUCGAACCAGUGACCGAAACCUAUAACAUAUCCGCGUCUGUCGACCGGCUGAAGAUUCCCACUGGUGGAAGCGGUACCGUGGACUGUAAUGUGUCUGGACGUCCCGCUCCAAUCAUUAAAUGGACGAAGCACGAUGGCUCCCUCGGACUCAGUGCCAACCAACGCGGCAACACGUUGAUCAUCAACAACGCUAAGGAGAGCGACGAAGGAUACUACCUGUGCGAGGCCAGUGUUGGCCCCAACGCAGUAGCCAAUUUAUACGUCUUCGUGGAAAUCGAAAGACGCGAACCACCUAGAGUGGAGAUUUGGCCACAAGAGCAGGCCCAGGCAGUACAGUUAGGAGGAGAACACACCCUGAUCUGCCGAGUCCUUGGAGGUAUUCCUGAACCAGACGUCACGUGGAACAGAAAUGGCGGACGUCCUCUCUCCAGAUUUACCGAAAUUAGACCGCAUCACGAACUCAAGUUCACCAAGAUCGAAGUCAACGACGAGGGUGAGUACACGUGCACGGCGCGCAACGACGCUGGAACUGCCAGCGCCAGUGCCAGCAUCAAAGUGAGGGCCAUCCCUGAGGUCACUAUCACCCCGAACCCCUACGUGCAGGUCGCCGCCGGCGAGAGCAUCAACAUCGAGUGCAGAGCCAACGGGUACCCCGAGCCUGUAGUCUCCAUCCAAUUCGGUGACUAUCGUGACGUAGUUCCUGCUGCGUCUGGCCACACCUCGUUGCGCAUAGCUUCAGCUAGAGAGGAAGACAGUGGUUUCUACACUUGCACAGCCACCAACGCCGCUGGUACCACUAAGGAACAGUUCAGAGUGGUGGUAGAUAGAGGAGAUGGUGGCGAUGACGGUGGUUUCGACUACGGAAGCGGAGAUGGCGAGAUUGACCCUGAUGCACCUGGAUACCCUCAAAGACCUGAUGAAGUCCCAAGCAACCUAAUCACCAUCGAAGGACAACCUGAGACUAUUUUGUCUUGCAGUCAAUUCGGUGACAAUGUAAGGUGGGAUCGUGCUGACAGGCAACCAUUGCAACCAAACGCAACUCCGGACCGAUCCAGAUUGAUAAUUUACAAUGUUUCGAAGAGUGACUCUGGAGAAUACGUGUGCAGUAUUUAUAACCAGUUUGGCGAAGUACAACAAUCGAUCUACACAAGUUUGGUCGUAGUCACUGCACCGAAGAUUACUCUGCGCCCACCAGUUCAGAGCGUGCUCCCGGGACAAUCACCAGUCGUUGAAUGCAUCGUUGAAGGAGAUGAUAUCAUUGAUAUAACGUGGAUCCCUCACAACAGGCAACCAUCAAGCCGCGUGGACACUCGGUCCUCCAGGCUCAUCUUCAAUCAGAUCGAGGUUGAGGACGCCGGCGAAUAUGAAUGCUUCGCACGAAGCCGAUACGCCAACGCCAGCGCAACCGCCGAGGUCGUUGUAAGCGAAGAUUCGGAUCAUACGGCGUCCGUGUCGCACGAGAAUGAGCAGAGGGCACGCUCCGGCGCCGCCGUGCACCUGAGCUGCAACGUGUCCCAACCCAACGUCCGCAUCGUGUGGACCAAGGACGGACGUGCUCUCCCGAGAUCAGUAAGACAGAAACAAGACGGAUCGCUCUUCAUCCGACGCGCUCAAAAGUCCGACUCCGGCAAAUAUGUCUGCAGUGUCCAAGACUCGUACAGAAGAGUCAUAACAAGCAAUUACAUCAAUCUGCAUAUACAGGGUAUUAAAUGCUUGGAUACGGAGUAUCCUUGUAAUGACAACAGUGGUUGUGUAGACGAAAACUUACUAUGCGAUGGAUACAGCCACUGCCAAGACAAUAGCGACGAGGAAAACUGCUUGUGGCGAGAUAGGCGAUUCUUGGAGAGAACGCGGAACAAGUACCGUUCUCACGAUGGAACUCGGGAACCAACCCCUGAACCAGAACGAAUGGUAUCGAUUGAUCAACCACGGAGGCAAUUUAGAGCAGGAGACAACGUAGACGUGCUGUGCAAGGCCAGGUCUGGUAACAUCAGGCUUCAGUGGCUGCGCGUGGGAACCAACCAAUACGUGGCCUCCUUAACAUAUGGCGAUGGAGUUAGGCUGGCUCUGACCGGAGUGACCAACAGCGACGCCGGAGUGUACCGCUGCAUCGGCAGCGACGACCGUGGCCGAACAUUCUAUGAUGAUUUCAAUUUGGAAGUUGAAUCUAGCGGACCCUUCUACCCAGACAACAGAGACGUAUCUGUCUCCCAAUACACCGCUCGCCUGCGUGACUCAGUCGACCUACCGUGCACUCACAACUUGGAACACCCUGUUACCAUCGAAUGGAGACGCGAAUUCUCGGCUCUGCCGGCUGAACUUCGCACCGACCAGCCAAACCUCUACCUAGACUCUGUGACUGAGGCGGACGCCGGUACCUACGUGUGCCGCGUCAGCAACAGCCGUGCCACUGUGGAAGCUCGCGCGAUCUUGACGGUCACCGGAGUUGUUCCGCGAUUCAACGGGGAUGGCUUUGUUUCACUCCCUCAGCUAAAAGAUCCUUACCAGCAAUUCGACAUCGAAAUAUCGUUCAAACCCUCCGACGGCAAUGGUCUGAUCCUCUACAACAGCGAGAACCAAGGUCGCUCGGGUGACUACAUUGCCCUGAACCUUAGGGACGGUAUACCAGAGUUCAUCAUGGACACGGGCACUGAACCUCUGAUUGUGAAGGGAGAUCGCCCUCUGCAAAUGAACGUUUGGCACACAAUCAGGGUGUCUAGAACAAAAUCUAAGAUAACGAUGGACGUCGAUAAUACCGGACCUUUCAUUGCGGAAUCUCCUGAACAAUGGGUUGUACUUGAACUGAAACAGCCUCUAUACAUCGGAGGUGUGCCUGAUUACGACCAACUGCCCAUCGACCUGGCUGGAACUUCUGGUUUCAUUGGAUGCGCUAGUAUGCUGAUUUUGGGCAGAGAGGAAAAGGACAUCAUGAUGGACAGCUACACGCGCAGCCGCGUGAGUGAAUGCGACUCCUGUUCACCCAACCAGUGUCAAAACGGAGGUGUAUGCCAGGAGGCUCGUAACGAACGUGGGUACAGCUGUAUCUGCGCGUCUGGCUAUGCCGGUGUGAACUGCGAUAGGACAGGAGACGCCUGCCGCCCAGGACUCUGUGGGCCCGGCAAGUGCAUCGACACCGUUGACGGAUACAAGUGUGCAUGCCCCGUCACACACACUGGCAGGAAUUGCGAGGAAAAACAAUCAAUUGAAUACCCGGCCUUCACUGGUAGCGCAUAUUUGGCCAUCAAGCCACCAGCGCCGUCCCGGACUCUGAGAAUGUCGAUGAGGAUCAAGGCAGCAUCUCCUGUGACUGAUGGAAUAAUUAUGUAUUGUGCGGAGUCACCGCGCGGAUACGGAGGCUUCACAUCCCUGGCUGUCCAUGACGCAAGGCUUGAAUUCCGUUACGACCUUGGAGGAGGAAGCGUGCCAGUAGUCCUGGUCAGCAACAGGACCCUCACAGCUAACGAAUGGACAACCGUCCACAUUGCUCGGGUCGGCUCUGUGGUCUCUCUGCGCAUUAACUCAGUACACAGCUUCGAACAGCAACUCGAAUCUCCGAAACGGGAUCUGAACCUGGACACGCCAAUCUUCGUGGGUGGUGUGGACGACUCCAUCAUCCUGAAUAACAACACCGGCGUUACUGGUGGAUUCAACGGUUGCAUCGCUGAUUUCAAGUUGCACGGGGAAGCUGUGGACAUCGUGAACUCUACCAUCCAGUCGGCGAAUGUUAAAGAAUGCAACGCUUACGUCCGCGGUGACAUUCCAGACACUGAGAUCGGCUGCCAGUGCCACAACGGUGGAUCUUGCACAACCGACUCCUCAACUUGCGCCUGUCCCCCUGGUUUCGGAGGAUCUCUCUGCGAAUACCGCGUGCCCUCCUCCAUAAGGUCCUCUCGCCAGCCCCCUAGCGACCCCUGCGCGAUGCGUCCUUGCCGCAACGGUGGAACCUGCCGACCUGACCUCAACACCAGAAUGAACCACACCUGUGAUUGUCCUCUAGGAUACGCCGGCACAUAUUGCCAAAUUGCUCUCGAACUACACCACAGCGUCGGUUUCAAUGGUAACGGUUACCUCGAGCUCCCCGCGAAUCUCAUAAGGUACGAGAACUUGGACGACGACCCGGUCAUCAUUGCCCUGGCCAUCUUCACCAGCCAGGACGGAGUGCUGCUGUACCAGAAGGAAGCCCAGAGCCCACCCUUCUACGGAGACUACAUCCUCUUGAGAAUUGAAAAUGGCAUUGUGAAGUUCGAAUGGGACAAUGGCGGCGGCAAGUCUGAGCUGGCCGUCAAUUUCUUCGUCAACGAUGGAGUUCGUCGCCAGAUUAUCGUGAAAAUGCUGAAGGAUGGCCAGGUCACGCUAUCAGUUGAGGGCAACGAGAGCUCAGGAUACAGUGCUGGUGUCUCCACACUCAUGAACGCAGACUCGAAUAUUUACCUUGGUGGUAUACCUGACAGCAUCAACCAGCUAGGAUACCCAGGUUUCGUUGGUUGCAUCCACCAAAUCGAGCUCAUGAACUCAGACCGAGGCUUGAACCUUGGACAAGUUGCUGUUACUGGAAGAAACACGCAGCGAUGCAAAGAGUCAAAUAGAUAUAUUUAAAUAACCUCACGAACGAAAAACGAUUAACAAUCAACUCUACUCUACAAUAGCACAAUACUAUGUAAUAUAUAAUAUAGACUAUCUCAUGAACAGUGUAAUCUUUACCUUUCAAUUGGUUCGAUUUGUGACGAUGCCAUUUUGAAACAAGAUUACAACUAGUUGUUUUCGAUAAAUAUAAACAAUAAAUGUUGUAUUAGUACUAAGGAACUUCGAAAAACCAGACAAUAUUUAGGGAGAUAGGUAAACGCGAACGUUGGAAUGUCGAGUGGUUGGAGAAAGACAUAUUCGCGUUACCGCUGCGGUGCUCUGGAGAGCAACAUGUGUUUGGUGCCAUAAGAUGAAUUUUUUAAUACUGUAGUUAGGAAUUUAUGUAUUUACUAAUAACUUUUAAGUGUCCAGUUCUAGUACCAGCUUCUUAUUCGUGAGUAAUUUUGAAAAAAUCUCUCUAAAAUAUCCGACGCUGCAGUUCUAUUUUCGCACCCAGUGAAAUCUUGUAAUUGUGCCAAACGUGAUAAGUAAUGUUUCAUUUUGUGUUAGGUUCGACACUGCCAAAAAGUUUUUCUUUUUUUAUGUUUCUUAUAAAAUAUUAAGUAAACUUUUCGCUUUUUAAGCAACGAAUAUAUUAUUGUUAAGUACCUACUUAUAUAUAAUAAUUACCUAUGUGAAUAUAAAAUAUUAUUUUAAUUAAAUCGACUACGAUGGCAUUUAACUUAAUUAUCGUCAGUGAUUUUUUGGAUAUUGUUAUAUAUUUUAAUUACAAAAUUAUAUUUAUGCAUUAAAUGUGUUUGUUAUUAGCUUAUCUAAGAAAUACGACAAAUUAUAUAUAAUACAACGUACUGAUAUUAUAAUCUAUACAUGUAUAAACUAUUUUAAAUGAUCGAUCUAUCCAUGUAAUAAUUCUGCUAAGUGAACAAAUUCGACUAACAAUAAAAAAUAAAAUGUCAUGAAAA